UUCAGAAAAAGAUGGUUAAAGUAUGUGUGCACCCGCCAACGCAACGUGCGUGCUCGCGGUGUGGCGCGGAAACGCUCUCAUUUAGCGAGAUCCCACAGACAGAGCACCCCCGGGCCGACAGGGCAGAGUAGUAGAUCGGCGGGAAGGCGCCAGAAACGCUGGGACGCGGCCUGCUCAUACCAGAACGCCUCGCCUCCAACACGAAACAAAGUCAAUGGUACAGGGACUUUACGGACAAGACCGAGACAAACCCCUUGUCCGACUGCCUUUCACCUUCUUCGCCGUGGGAACGCUUUUCUUAGCCUUUGCAGGCUUCGUCAUCUGCAUUUUUACAUCACUGUAUUUCCAUUUUGAAGACUCCACUGAUACCCACUGCAAGGUACGCAACUACCUCCCGUCCAUCAGUUCUUCCUUCAGCCUCACACCCGAGCGCUACAUCUGGCGCUUCUGCAUUGGCCUGCAUUCUGCCCCACGCUUCCUGGUGGCGGCAGCGUACUUCAAGUUCUACCGUGAUCGCUUUGCCAAGCGCUGCCUGGAAUGUGUCCUGACCUAUGUAGCACUAGCUUGCACCCUUGCCGAAAACCUGGGCCUGCUGCUACUCACCUACGUUUCUUCUACUGAGACAUACCAUUUGCACAAGAGUGGCUUCAUCAUGUUCGUCUCCUGCUCACUUGCUCACAUGUUAAUCACCUGCUGGCUUUGGAGGGUGAUCACAAGGUAUUCCCUAAUUCCUGAGGAAACAACUUCGAGCCGCAUGAAAAACCGUCUCUUCAUCUUGAAUGUGGUGUUCUGCUUGCUUUCAUUAUACUUCUUUAAACGCCACAACAUGUACUGUGAGCCUGGAGUGUACACCUUCUUUGCCCUCUGUGAGUACCUUAUGGUUCUCAGCAACAUGGGCUUCAACAUGACUGCCUACUGGGACUUCAGGAAUAAGGAGCUGACGGUCACCACGGUGCCUGAGGACAAGCGCUUCUGACAGGGGAACCGAGGAGCUGCCAUGUGCUCCUCCACACCCUACUCAUCUUCCUCUUCAUCGCCCUCAUUGUCCUCCCCUUCCCGGAGAAAACCCAUGUGGUCACUGGAGGGCUGGCCAGAGGAAAGGCUGUUCCACAUCUCGCCCUGAGGAGUAACAUCCUAUGCUCACCACUCCCUCGUACAGCUACUGCAGUGCUGAAAUCGUACGUCUCGUUGGACAAGGAGGAGAAAUUUAAGGAAACGAGCACCCCAUCAAAGGUUUCUCUUACUUCUGUAAGAGCUGGAUUCUCCUCAUUCCCUUGUUGUGGGAAUUUCCCCUUCCUAAAACCCCGGUGUUACCAUAGCCGCUAUGUAUUUACUUGGAGACAGAGGCUGAGAGAUGUCCUCUACUGCCUGGACAAUUGUCCACUGCCCGAACAGUCCCUUCCAAACAAGUACAGCUCUAUUCAGUCACAGUGAAAAUAAGACUAUCAGUUUCUUGUCAAUCACUGGCUGAUCUGAACUAAUCAAAUUCUCAGUAUGUUUCCAAAUUUUGUUCAGCAUUUUCAGGGUAACUUUUUUCUUAUUCUAAUAUAUACUGUAAGUACUGAUAGUAAAUGGCACUUAUACGUACAUUCAGAAAAAAAAAACU